UCACGCUGGCCGCGGCGGGGAGCCCGGAGGCGCCGAUGCCGGCGAGCCUCACCUUCAGCCUCUGGGACUAUGGAGUCUUCAGCCUCAUGCUGCUGAUCUCCACCGGCAUUGGCCUCUUCCACGGCCUGGCCAAGGGCGGCCAGCAAACCACGGAGGAUUUCUUCACGGGGGGGCGCCGGAUGUCGGCUCUGCCCGUGGGGCUCUCGCUCUCUGCCAGCUUCAUGUCGGCCAUCCAGGUGCUGGGGGUGCCGGCGGAGUCCUACCGCUACGGAGCCAAAUUCCUCUGGAUGUGCUUUGGGCAGCUGCUCAACACCUUCCUCACCUCCCACCUCUUCCUCCCUGUCUUCUACCGCCUGGGGCUCACCAGCACCUAUGAGUACCUGGAGCGGAGGUUCAGCAGGAGCGUGAGGCUGUGCGGGACCCUGCAGUAUGUGGUGGCCACGAUGCUCUACACCGGGAUCGUCAUCUACGCCCCAGCCCUGAUCCUCAACCAAGUGACCGGUUUGGACAUCUGGGCGUCGCUGCUCUCCACGGGGGUCAUCUGCACCUUCUACACCACCAUAGGUGGGAUGAAGGCUGUCAUCUGGACCGACGUCUUCCAGGUCUUUGUGAUGCUCGCCGGCUUCCUGGCCGUCAUCAUCCGGGGGGCGCUGCUGGUGGGGGGUCCCAGCGCCGUGCUGACCAUCGCCGCCAACGGCUCCAGGCUCAACUUCGGAGACUUCAACCUGGACCCCCGGAGCCGCUACACGGUGUGGACCUUCCUGGUGGGGGGGACCUUGGUCUGGCUCUCCAUGUACGGAGUCAACCAAGCCCAGGUGCAGCGCUACGUGGCCUGCAGGACCGAGCGGGAGGCCAGGCUGGCACUGCUGGUGAACCAGCUGGGGCUGUUCUGCGUGGUGGGCAGCGCAGUGCUCUGUGGCCUUGUGAUGUUUGCCCUCUACCAGCACUGUGACCCCCUCCUGGCCGGCUACAUCUCGGCUCCCGACCAGUACAUGCCCUACCUGGUCCUUGACAUCUUCCAGACGUCGCCAGGGGUGCCAGGGCUGUUCCUGGCCUGUGCCUACAGCGGGACCCUCAGCACUGCCUCCACCAGCAUCAAUGCCAUGGCUGCUGUCACCCUCGAGGACCUGCUCAAGCCCAGGCUGCCCAGCCUGGCACCACGGCGGCUGGCACUCAUCUCCAAGGGGCUGUCUCUCCUCUAUGGCACCUCCUGCAUCACGGUGGCAGCCCUGGCAUCGCUGCUGGGCGGGGGGGUGCUGCAGGGCUCCUUCACCGUCAUGGGGGUGAUCAGCGGCCCCCUGCUGGGGGGCUUCGUCCUGGGCAUGUUCGUGCCGGGCUGCGGCACCGGCGUGAGCUGUUUGGACUCCCCCUUCCCUCUACCACAGGGGGUCCUGGGGGGCCUGGCUGCUGGCUUUGCCCUCUCCUUCUGGGUGGCAGUGGGGGGCACCCUGUACCCCCCCAGCGCGGGCACCAUGGGGGUGCUGCCCACCUCCAGAGCCCUCUGCCCCCCACACAACCUCACUGCUGGCACCAACAGCACCCUGGGCCUGGCACCCCUGCACCCCCCCACCCCAGCAGGGCCCCCUCUCCUUGGGGACUUCUAUGCCAUCUCCUACCUGUACUAUGGAGCUCUGGGGACCCUCACCACGGUGCUGGGGGGGAUCCUGCUUAGCUCCCUUCCAGGGCCAAGCAAGCGGCGGCAGCUGCCCCCCGGGGUGCUGUGGUGGGACAUCACCAGGCAGACGUCCUCAGUGUCCCCCACGGGCACCAAGACCCCCGGGGAGGAGCCCCCUGGCAAAGCUGAGGCCCCCCAGGUGCUACCAGAGAGUCUGGAUGGGGAGGAGGGUCCCCACCGGGGCCCCCCCGAGCCUGCCACUGCCACCGACCUGCUGCUGCGGGAGAGCCACGUGUAGGGCACCCUGGGGGCACACAGAGGGGUGGCCUGGCCAGGGUGGGGACCCCGGGGUGGGGGAUGGACACCCCACUG